GUGCGCACAUCUUUUUUAAGAGCGAUUUUGCCGCAAUUCAGCAUUGAGUUCCUGCUCUCUUGGAAAGGCCUUUGGAUAGUUCAAGGCAUUGUUUGUACAUGCAAGUGUUUUCCAGUGUUGGAUAGCGGUUUUGUACAUGUCUAAGGAUACUCAUGGUAUUAAGCAUCAAAAAAUUUCUGUAAAACCGCUGUGUGUGCAUUAGCGUUAUCAAUUAUGCCGAUUCAAAAACCUCAAGGAACAGAAUUUCUUCAGUGUCCAAUAUGUUACAAGGAAUUUGACAAUCAUGAUCGGCAGCCAAUCAGCUUGGGAUGUGGACACACAUUUUGUGUUUCCUGCUUGUCAAAACUGUCUAAAACACAGUGCCCUACUGAUCAGGCUCCUGUAGAGACAGAUAUAUCCAAACUUCCAUACAACUUUGCUUUGCUUCAAUUAGUUGGAGAAGAAAUGCCAGACAAUAGGCUUCCCCCAAUUGACAGUCUUAGAGAAUAUGCCACUUAUUAUUUAAAUUCAAAAGGCUGUAUUGAAAAGCUUGCCCUGUUCUUGAAACCUGUCAGUGGCUCUGGUAAUGGUACAGUGAAUGGAAAAGUCAAUGGCAGCACCCGUAAUGGUUCUGUCAACAGCAAUGGGAAUAACGUCCUUACGAGACCCAUGCAGAGGAAGCUUGUGACAUUAGUUAACUGUCAAUUGGCUGAGGGUGAAGGAAGAUCUAGAGCCAUGCGUGCAGCCAGAAGCUUGGGAGAAAGGACAGUUACAGAGCUCAUUUUAUUGCAUCAACAAGUCUCAGCUAAUAUAUGGGCUGCUGUACGGAAUCGUGGUUGUCAGUUUUUAGGACCAGCUAUGCAGGAAGAAGCUUUGAAACUGAUUUUGUUGGCUCUUGAGGGUGGUGAGGCUUUGUCUAGAAAGGUUUUGGUUCUUUUUGUGGUCCAGAAGCUGGAAUCUGUGUUUCCACAGGCUUCCAAAACAAGUAUUGGCCAUGUAGUGCAGUUGCUUUACAGAGCAUCCUGUUUUAAGGUCGAGGAAAAGAACAAUGAGCCAUCUCUAAUGCAGCUCAAAGAACAGUACCGUACUUAUGAUGCACUGCGGAAAGUACAUGAUGCACAGAUAGUGCAAAUUGCAACAGAGGCAGGGCUGCGCAUUCUCCCAGACAAGUGGUCCUCACUGCUCUACGGUGACAUGGAUCACAAGUCUCACAUGCAAUCUAUCAUUGACAAGCUCCAAACCCCUGCCUCAUUCUCCCAGAGCAUCCAAGAGCUGAUCAUUGCCCUACAGAGAUCUGGCGAUCCUGGGAAUCUCUGUCAAAUGAGAGAUCAGUUUGAAUUACUGUCCCACAUUGAUGCAUCUCCAGAGGCAUCAUGUCCAGCUUGGGAUGAGCUAGAACAAGCCAUGGUUUCUGUACAUUCUGUGGUCCAUGGAUUUGUUAAUUUUUCAAAAUCACAUGGCAGAGGAAUGAAAGGAUCUGGUGAUCCACCACAAUCACACAACAACAAGUUCAAAACCAGUAUGUGCAGGGAUCACACUUGGGGGGGAUGUCCAAGAGGUCCCCACUGUACAUUUGCUCACUCAAAGGAGGAGCUAGAGAAGUUUGGUAAAAGAAGAGCUCAGAGGCCUCGGCCCUCACCCAUUGGUAGAGGACCAGUACCAUCUGUGGCACCAGAUCAGUUUUCACCCCUUGAAAAUGGUUGUGAUGGCAGUCCAACAGCUACCCAGGCUCCUACAAAUUGUGUCAACGGCUCUGCAAGAUCAUCUCCUCUUUAAAUUUCUCCUGGUAAGGAGAGAUGAAAAUUUUUGUUCAUCGGUUUUUUUGGUGAGGAAGUAAUUGCUUCCGCGUAUAGGGGGAAUAUGCAUCUUCAAGAAACUGUAGAUUACUAAAUAAAUUCGAAGUUAAUAGUGUUUCAAAUGAUAUUUCUUUUGACGGUAAAGAUCUUCCUAAGGAGACCUAAUCGCUGACGAGAUGUCCUGAGAGAAUGGCUGUUUUGG